AUGUCCAACAGAAGCUCCAUCACUGAGUUCAUCCUCCUGGCAUUCGCAGAUACAAGGGAGCUGCAGCUCUUGCACUUCUUCCUCUUCCUGGGCAUCUACCUGGCUGCACUCCUGGGCAAUGGCCUCAUCAUCACCGCCAUAGUCUGCGACCACCACCUCCACACCCCCAUGUACUUCUUCCUCCUCAACCUCUCCCUCCUUGACCUGGGCUCCCUCUCCACCACUGUCCCCAAAGCCAUGGCCAAUUCCCUCUGGGACACCAGGGUCAUCUCCUUUGCAGGAUGUGCUGCCCAAGUCUUUCUGUUUGUCUUUUUCAUGUCAGCAGAACUGUAUCUUCUCACUGUCAUGUCCUAUGACCGCUACAUUGCCAUCUGCAAA